AUGACGAUCAAGCAUCUAGCCAAGAGCUCUUUGCGUUUUGCUCACGCUAUGGCAAAGCAAAUCCACGACCCAUUGAACAGCGCUCCUUUGAUGAAUAUCCGCCAAAUCAACGACAUCAUCUUUAGUCAUGUAGCAGCACAAGACUCAACCAAAGUUGUACCACGAGAUGUUCAGAUCUCACACCCGCCGAGUGCUUCAGCUACGGCUUGUAUCAUCCCUCUUAAACAAGAUCCGAACUUGAGGAUCAAUUAUCAUGGGAAGAACAAGUUGAUUAGGUUUGGGAAGAUCUUGGAGGAUCUGGAUACUUUUGCUGGUGGGUAAUAUGAGGAAUGGCAGUCUUUGUUUUUUUGUGCUUUUACAUAUGGUUUUGUCAGCAUUUUUGCGUUGUAGCACUCACAGUUUCAAUAGCAUCAAAGCAAAUUUUAGAAUGUAAAUAGCGUAGACCUUGUAGUAUCUAGACGUACAAGACUUAAGGCAAAUAAUUUUAGUCUGGCUAGCGUACAAGCACAACCAAGGCCCAGAUGUUGGCAUGGGUAUUCCAAAUCAUCCUCCUUUCCACGCUGUUACUGCUUGUGUUGACAAAAUUAGUAAGUUUUAUUUACUGUGUAUUCAAGAGGUAUACUGUAUUGGAUAUAGUUGUUACUGUAAGAUCUACAAGAGAAACUCUAAACAGAUCUUUAAUAGUUUAUCACAUAUUGUUGUUACCUUAUCUCACAUAGUUAUUGCUUUAAGACCUCCAAGAAAAGCGAAUCAGAUCCGACUUGGACAUUAUCAUGACUGGCAUGGUAACUUGGGUCGGCCGAUCAUCAAUGGAAAUUACUAUGCAUUUGAGUCAAAAAUACUCGGAAGAUGAUUAUAGGUAAGUCUUUUAGGCUUAAUCUACAAUAUCUUAACGCCCAUGUUGUAAAAAAUGUCAUCUCAUCACUAAAUUGUCAUCUUUUCCAAUUAAUAUUCUUACUGUAACAUUGGCAUCUACAAUACGUUUAGUCGUAUUUUACAAAACCCAACUCUUAAAUCUUUUUAAAAACUACAGUAAAAUCAAAAAAUAAUUUUAAAAAACCUCAAAAAUUCACUUUUUAGGGACGUCCUAACAGCCAGAUUUGUAAUGGUGACAUUAGAGCCGAAUGGUCGAAAAGCGGUACCAAAUGUACCAUUAGCUAUUGAAACGGAGGAUGAUAAGCGAUGGUUUGAAAAAGCUGAACGUGAGUUUGUAUUUCUUACUAUAAAAGCAUUAUACCUGGCUUUAAAAGCGAAAAAAUGAAAUUGCAGGCUGCGGGUGACAUGUUAUACGAUGAAACAUGUUUUUGAGUUUUUGAUCUUAUAUGCCCUUUUUUUGAAUUUUUAAGUACUUUUUAUAACUAAAAUACAAAAAAAUUGUUUUAGACGCCCGUCAAGUUCGAAUGCAUCGAGAAGAAAACUCUCUGCUCAAGAAUCCUCCAACAGAAAUCGAACGUGCUAUGCUGCACGACCUUUUCCUGCAAUCCAUGGACAACAAGAACAUGACAAGACGAUUACCGAGUAACUACAAAUGGAUGAACGAGUCGAAACUGGAAAACUUGGUUGUUUGUUUCCCGGUCAAAAGGAAUAUGUAUGGCAAAAUCUUUGGUGGAUAUCUGAUGAGAACGGCCUUCGAAACGGCUUUCGCUAAUGCUGCCAUCUUUUCGUGAGUUUUUAAAAAAUUAAUUGCUACUUCAAGCCCAGAGCCCUAGCCCAGAGCCCUAGCCCAGAGCCCUAGCCCAUAGCCCUUGCUCAGUGCCCUAGCCCAGAGCCUUAGCCCAGAGCCUUAGCCUAGAGCCCUAGUCCAGAGCCCUAGCCCAGAGCCCUAGCCCAGAGCCCUAGCCCAGAGCCCUAGCCCAGAGCCCUAGCCCAGAGCCCUAGCCCAGAGCCCUAGCCCAGAGCCCUAGCCCAGAGCCCUAGCCCAGAGCCCUAGCCCAGAGCCCUAGCCCAGAGCCCUAGCCCAGAGCCCUAGCCCAGAGCCCUAGCCCAGAGCCCUAGCCCAGAGCCCUAGCCCAGAGCCCUAGCCCUAGCCCUAGCCCAAGCCCAGAGCCCUAGCCCAUAGCCCUUGCUCAGUGCCCUAGCCCAGAGCCUUAGCCCAGAGCCUUAGCCCAGAGCCUUAGCCUAGAGCCCUAGCCCAGAGCCCUAGCCCAGAGCCCUAGCCCAGAGCCCUAGCCCAGAGCCCUAGCCCAGAGCCCUAGCCCAGAGCCCUAGCCCAGAGCCCUAGCCCAGAGCCCUAGCCCAGAGCCCUAGCCCAGAGCCCUAGCCCAGAGCCCUAGCCCAGAGCCCUUGUCCUUGCCCUUGCCCUUGCCCUUGCACUUGCCCUUGCCCUUGCCCUUGCCCUUGCCGUUUUAAAAAAUCUACCCCGCCUUGAAAAGCCCACAAAUCUACCCUCUGUUUCUCACAAACGUACUCUACCCUAAAAAUCUACCCUAUUUUAAAAAAUCUACCUUGCCUUAAAAAAUCUACAUUUCCCUAAAAAAGUUUGCCCCGCCUUAAAAAAUUUGGCUCGUCUUAAAAAAUCUACCUUGCCCUAAAAAAUCUACCCCGCCGUAAAAAUCUACUCCGCCCUAGAAAAUCUAACCCUACCCUAUUUUACAAAAUCUACUCCUACUGCACCCUAAAAACUUGUUUCUACCCUAACUUAAAAUAUCUGCCCUUGCCUUACUCUAAAAAUCUACCCCAUCCUAAAAGUCAGGCCUAGAUUUUACUAAAAUUUUGUCAUUUUCAGAAAAUGUCGACCAGAAGUGAUGGCAGUCGAUUCGAUUGUCUUCAAAAAGGGAGUUGAGAUCGGAUCGCUACUCCUACUCAACUCUCAAGUCAGUUACUCGACCGACUCGUUCAUGCAGAUGGCAGUGAAUGCUCAGGUGGUUGAUGUUGAGUCUGGAGAGUCGGAAACGACCAACACUUUCCAAUUUACCUUCAGGGCUGAUAAGCCGGUGCCAUUGGUUAUGCCGGAGAGUUAUGCUGACGGCAUGACUUAUUUGACUGGUCGACGACACUUUAAUUCUAGUGCACAUUCGUAA